UCGGUGGCUUGAAUCACUUGCAAACCAUCAAUGUAACGGUUUCCGCCUAGCUGGGGUAUCUAUUUAGCUAUCUAUCAGGGUAGCUAUCGAUCUCCAGCGGUAGCAUCGUAAGUGCAGACAGCUGGCUAGUAACAGCCAGCUAUGCUAGCUAAUGCUAAUGCAUAGUCUUAAUUCACUCAACGUUCAUGCAAGUUAACGUUAGUUGUUGAGUUAGCAUGACUGCUAACAGACGGUUACCUUAUUAUUUACCUUGCUACAUAACAAACUGUUGAAAAUGUACUAUUAGUAAGUUGCCUUAACAGGCUUUGAUCAUAAGUUGUAGUUUAUUGAUGUAACGUCUGCUGGCUAGGUGUAUGCGUGGGUGUAUGUUAAGUCCUGUCUGUCCGAAUAGGGGAGACCCGGAAGGGAAGAGCAGCAGCCGCCGCAUCUGCUGAUCUGUCUCUGUAACGUUAGGUCCUAUUGAAAUAUAGCUGGACAUUUGUUGUGGUGGAAAAUACAGCGGCCGACACCCGGCAAAAAAACAUCAAAGAAAUUGGAAUAGCUAAAGAUCAUUAGCGAAAGGAUCCUGAACGAGUAGACGCACUGAUGUAGCAGCAUCCCUUCUCCUACUCUCUACCUCCAGUUCCUCUGCCCUCUCACCUUCAAGGCAGACAGCCAGUCCAGACGGUUUGUUCUGACCGAGGGAAUUACUGCAUCGAUUAGCACUGCCCUGACCGCUCACUCUGCUCUCUGGCCAAACUGCAUCAUAGCUGACACGGCAACUGAGGAGGACUGGCACUCCUUCUAUUUUUAAAUUAUUAUUAUUCCUGUUUUUUGGGAGGGGGACAGAACUCUAUGCACCUGAUGAAAAUGAUGACUGAAACAAAACUGGGGGAUUAAGUACAGUCCACUGGAUGUCCUCACUUUCCUGUCUUUCUGUAGAAUUUCCAGCGGACAUUUGAAAUCCUGCAUCAUUUUUCACCUACUUGACCAACUGCGGCAGUGCUGGGGCUCGUCAGAUUUGCAGUGUUUUCCCCCCUCCCCAAGAUCAGAUCCCCCAUUUUUUGAAUCUUUUUUUCCUGUGGGGCUUGGAGUCCGGUUAGGUCCGGCACGCGCUAGACACCUGAAGCUGGGGCGCGACUCAUGGGACGCGAGCAUGUCGGAUCUGGGAGAGCGCCGGCCGGUAAACACAGACUACGCUGUCUCCGUGCUGGAGCAGCUCAAGUUCUUCUACGAACACAAGCUCCUCACUGACAUCACACUGCUGGUGGAGGACAAUGAGUUCCCCUGCCACAAAAUGGUGCUGGCCACCUGUAGUUCCUAUUUCAGAGCCAUGUUCAUGAGUGGCCUGAGCGAGAGCAAGCAGACUCACGUGCACCUGCGCAACGUGGACCCCGGCACACUGCAGACCAUCAUCACCUACGCGUACACGGGCAACCUGGUCAUCAACGACAGCACCGUGGAGCCCCUCUACGAGACCGCCUGUUUCCUCCAGGUGGAGGACGUGCUGCUGCAGUGCCGUGACUACCUGGUGAAGAAGAUCAAUGCUGAUAACUGCGUGCGCAUGCUCAGCAUCGGCGACAUGUUCAGCUGCAGCGAGCUCAAGCAGAGCGCCAAGCGCAUGGUGGAGCACAAGUUCCCGGUGGUCUACCGGCAGGACGCCUUCCUGCAGCUGUCGCACGAGCUGCUGCUGGACGUGCUGAGCAGCGACAACCUCAACGUGGAGAAGGAGGAGACGGUGCGGGAGGCGGCCAUGCUGUGGCUGGAAUACAACAUGGAGGCGCGCUCACAGCACCUGUCGUCGGUGCUCAGCCAGAUCCGCAUCGACGCGCUCUCCGAGGUCACCCAGCGCGCCUGGUUCCAGGGCCUGCCGCCCAACGACAAGUCCGUGGUGGUCCAGGGACUCUACAAGUCCAUGCCCAAGUUCUUCAAGCCGCGCCUGGGCAUGACCAAGGAGGAGAUGCUGAUCUUCAUGGAGGCGGAGCAGCCCAGCAGCAGCGAGGUGAUGGUGGGUUCCCAGUACGCCGUGGUGUGCUACAGCUCGCAGGCUGAGAAGGUGUACAAGCUGCGCAGUCCACCGGGAGACCUGCAGAAGGUGGGCACGCUGGUCACCUCGGACAACGACGUGUACAUCGCCGGGGGUCAGGUGCCCCUGAAGAGCCCACUGGCGGCGGCGGGGAGCAGCCACAGCCACCAUGGCAAGGCGGGCAAACUGCAGGCAGCCUACCGCGCCACCGACAGCUUCUUCUGGUUCGACGCUCAGCAGAAUGCCUGGGUGGUCAAAACGCCCAUGCUGUGCGCUCGAACCAGACCCGCCCUGGUCUACUGCGAGGGCCAUAUCUAUGCCAUCGGCGGGGACAGCGUAGGCGGCGAGCUGAACCGGCGCACGGUGGAGCGCUACGACCGCGAGCGAGACGAGUGGACCAUGGUGAGCCCACUGCCCUGUGCCUGGAGCUGGAGCGCGGCGGUGGCGGCCCGCGAGCGGAUCUACGUCAUGAGCCACGACCUCACCUACUGUUACUUCCCCCGCGCCGACGCCUGGGCCGAGAUGGCCUCGCGCCGCACCAGCCGCUGCUUCGCCUCCGCCGCCGCCCUGGGCGACCAGAUCUUCUACGUGGGCGGCCUGCACGUGGUGAGCAACUCGGGCACACGGCCGCAGGCCAGCACGCUGGACGGCUCCGCCGUGACCGUGGAGGUGUACGACGUCGGCAAGAACGAGUGGCGGGCUGCGGCUAGCAUCCCGGCGCGGCGCUACUCGGAUCCGUGCGUGCGGGCCGUGGUACUCUUCAACCAGCUGUGCAUCUUCAUGCGGGAGACGCACCUCAACGACCGCGCCAAAUAUGCGCUCUACCAGUACGAUGGCGAGCGAGACUGCUGGUGCCUGCGGCAGCCCGUGUCUGAGCGCGUGCUCUGGGACCUGGGCAAGGACUUCCGCUGCGCCGUGGGCAAGCUCUACCCGUCCUGUCUGGAGGAGUCGCCAUGGAAACCUCCUACGUACCUGUUCUCGCCCGACGGGGCGGAAGAGAUAGAGAUCGAUGGGGAGAUCGUCUCGCUGCCACACGUAUAGCUCCAGCUUACACCUCCCCUGAUAAACGUGCUUCCCAACAGACACCAAACCCAACCUCUCCUCAACCCUGAUAAAUGAGUUGGACUGUGCCUCAGGUUGAGGAGUGAGUAAGUACAUGGACAGGCCAAUACAUAAAUUCAUUUUUUGGGGGGGGGGGUGGGGGGGGCACUUUGGAACAAAAUGAGUGCAAAGGGGAGGCUCUGUUUCAUCCGAUGACCAGGGUGUAUUUUCCGUUUUAGCCGAGCUCUAGAAGGAAACAUUUCUUUGGUGACACGCAUACCAAAAUGGGGCGCUCCUGCCCCCUGAAUCAGCCCCAAGUAUGCAGACCCCCGACCCCCCACC